GUGCAGGUUAGAAAUGAUUUCUUGAGAGAUCAGAAAGCGGAUACCUUUCACCAUCUGGGCCUCUCUACCAAAAUGAAACAUUUCAACGAGACCUUCAGUGAUCUGAAAUACGUCUGUUUCAGUGGCAGCCAGGGCCGAGUGUACAACAUGGCUGACCGGCUGCUGAACGAGUUGAACAUUUCAAAACCUAUUGGCUUCCAACUGGCCAACAUCUGUAAGAAUACUGAUAGAUACGUCAUGUAUAAAGUCGGGCCCGUACUAUGCGUUAAUCAUGGUAUUGGCAUAUCUUCGUCAUCAGUGGUCCUGAAUGAGAUCAUAAAGGUUCUUUAUUACUCCAAUGCUACCGAUGUCAGCAUGUUUAGGAUUGGGACGAGCGGUGGCAUAGGUAUAUCAGCUGGAACAGUAGUCAUAACGAGUGUUGCUGUUGACGGCUUGUUGAGACCGUUCUUGGAAGUGCCGAUAUUGGGAGAAUUGGUGAAGAUCCCAUCGUCGUUGAGUGUUUCACAGAACGAGAAACUAUUGAAAUGUGGCGAUCCGAGUGAUGAUUUUCAGAUCAUUCCUGGCAAGACUAUGUGCUCCUGGGACUUCUAUGAGGGACAGGCUCGUCUAGAUGGAGCAAGAUGUGAAUUCAAUAUGGAGAAGAAGCAAGCUUUCCUUAAGAAAGCAUAUGACGACGGGGUACGUAACGUAGAGAUGGAGUCGUUGACUUUUGCUACCAUGUGCUGCCAGGCCGGUAUUUCCGCGUCGGUAAUCUGUGUGACCCUUCUGAACCGAUUUGAAACCGACCAGAUAACUGUUUCCGAAGACUGCCUGCGUGAGUGGGCGCACCGACCGAUGACCGUUGUUAUCCGCCAUAUCCGGUCCCAGCUCUGCAAAAGGGAAUGA